GCUCGAGCCGCCGAGUAGUGCGGGCGCCGCCGCCGCGGCUGCCACCCCCGCUUCCACCACGUGCCGUGCCGAUGUCGCCCCGCCGGGAGGGCGGCGUGAACGUCGCCGUGCUGCUAGCACUGCCACUGCUGCUACUGCUGCUGCUGCCCAUUGUCAGAGGAGCCGGCAUUCAGUGCUACCGGUGCACCUACAAGAGCAUCUCGGCGCGACGUAACCGCACCGACCCCAUCUUUCCGUGUGCCUCGUUCGACGGACACAGUAAAUACGUGGUCACCUGCCCCAAGUCGACCAUGUGCGAGAUGAAGACAUUCAUCCUCGACCUGCCAAACGGAGAGACUAUAACGACGACCACGCGCGACUGCGCACACCAGAGCGUCACCUACCGCCGCUUCACGCCCAGCAAGGGCUGGCACGAGGUGACCGACAUCUUCGAGGACGCGCACGCUGAGGGCUGCCAACUGGUGGAGCACACGGACGGCAUCAAGGUCACCCGGACCGAGCACUGCUUCUGCAGCGACGACCGCUGUAACGGCAGGCUGAGGUACGAGCUGACCGGCGGCGCAGACGCGGUUCGGUGGAGCGCCGCGGCCGCCGCCGUCUCAGCGCUGCUGCUGCUCGCCGCACGGUGACCGACCGCAGCGACACCUGUCGGGCUGACGCCAGCGCCGCCACGCGACCGCCCGACGAAACAGAGACGCGCGUUGUAGCGCGUACCGUGCGGUCUUGAGUGACGACACUGGACGAGUGCCGGUCGCGUGGGUCUCGUGGGAUGCUUCAGAGGCUGUUUGUGGUGUGUUGGUCGGAUCAGGCGCACCAACCUUUCGCGCGUCGAUGUGAUAUAGCCCGGAUCUCAGCUGGUCUGUCAGCGGGCCGCUCGCGUUUAGUUGAGUUGUAUUGUUUUCGCGCGUUCAGCACCGGCCAUAAGACCGUGACCAUUUGUUGACAAUGACCUUAGCGUAGAGCAUGCCGAAUGUUUACACUAGAGAUGUCAAUCGGAUACCAACUUUUUGGUAUACCGAUACCAAACCGAUACCAACUUGGUAUUUGGUAUUUCAGGCCUAAUACAUUCGGUAUUUUGUUGGUAUUAUGAAUCCUCGCUAAUGUAAAAGAGGCUGUAAAUUUGGUAAAAAGUUGGUAUUUCCCUCAUAUUCUCAAGUCGGUUCGGUUUCGGUAUUUUCUCAUGGCUAUUUUUGGUAUUUGGUUUGGUAUCGGUAUCACGAUUUUCCGCAAUUGACAUCACUAGUUUACACCCUCCCCGGGUGCCGAACGCAUCCCACCAGCAAUCUGUCAAUGUUGUGUUAUCCGUUCGUGCUAUUUUCCGUUUUGACUC